ACGAGCUCGAUGACCUCUUGGAUCGACUUCGCAUGUCUGACUGUUGACAGCUCUUGUGCAACAAUGGCCGAAGUCAAGGAUACGCAACCUGCUCCUGUUGAUGUUUCCAAGAGCGCUAGCAGCAGCGUGUCAGCUGAAGGAUAUGAUAAGAAAUGUAUUUUCUGCAGGAUUGUAAACCAUGAAAUGGGCACAGAGCUUCUUCACAAUGAUGAAGAGAUCUCAUGUUUCAGAGAUAUCAAACCUGGAGCACCCCACCAUUACCUUGUUGUCCCAACCAAACAUGUAGGCAACUGUAAAUCCCUCACCAAAGAACAUGUGCCUUUGGUGAAGCAGCUGGUUGAGAAAGGGAAGGAUAUCCUGCAAAAAAACUACGUAAUGGACCUCAGUGAUGUCAGGUUUGGUUUCCAUUGGCCCCCAUUCUGUUCUGUCACACACCUCCACCUUCACGUCCUGGCACCUGCCAGUCAAAUGGGCUUCAUGUCCCGUCUCAUCUACAGACUCAACUCGUAUUGGUUUAUCACAGCAGAUCAGCUGAUUGAGCUUCUCAACUCUAAAGGAGAGACAAACUGAUCACCUGGAUCCUCUUCUUGCCAUACUUGACUGUGCUGAAGUACUUUGCUGACUGUUUGGCCCCAGCUAACGACAGUAUUUUAAACAGCUGAUAUGCCUGCGUGAGAAUUUGUAUAUAAAGCAGUAUGAGUAGUAAAAGCUUGAAUGGAGCCAAAUCUUUUUUUUUUUCUUCCCCUCGUUAAAAAAAUGUCUCACGAAUGGUGUAUGAACACUGGACAAAAGACAAAGAGAGUCAAAUCUACGUAAAUCUGCUCUGAUAAAAAUCUAAUUCACUUCAGGGACCAAGGAGGAUGCUAAACAUUUUGAAUUCCUACAAAAUGGAAAGGUGUGUUCAUUAUCAUCAAGUUACAGAAAUGCUUCAGUACUGCCUACUUCCUGUGUAGGGGACCAUAUAGUGAGCUCAGUGAUGAAAGUCAAAACAUGACUGGCGACACUACUCAGGUUAAUUAUGUCAUUAUUUUUGCAUUAUCAAUAUGUAACAGAUUGCUGGCUAAAAACGAAUGCUGACAUGAAUGUUUGUGGUAAAUACAUAUUGUGCUAAGUGUAUUUUACCAAAUUAAUGUGAUGUGGUUCUCUCUUUCCUUUAAGAUGACUGUAAUUUGUCCUUCGGCACAAUGCAUGAUGGUAGACUGUGGAUUCUGACCACUGGUUGUAUGCUACCUUUUGCGAGGCAUUAAAGUGUCCUAUAUUGGCUACAGUAAUACUCACUAACACAGAGAGAGCAUUAAAAAUGACAAACUCACUAUAAAGUCCACUAUAUAGUGAGUGAUCUGUGAUUUCAGACUUCUCACAGGCUGUUUGAGUUUCUGUCUUGCACAACUGCUCUCAUGCUACGUAGGUCUGCUCUGAUGCAUGCAGAAACUCUCCAAGAAAAAAUGAACGUUUGCAUAAUUCAUAUAAUGAUAUAUGUCAGUCAUGUAUAGACUGAUGAUUUCGGCUGUGUUGUUUUUGCACUAAGCUCAGAGUAUAUGAAAGCCACUCAGUAAUCCUCUGACGCUGAAAGUAAAGUACAUUUACUUUGUUCUUUGUGACCUCAAUAAGCACUGAAGUACAAUGGGGGUAUUCAAUGUUAUGU